AUGAUUUCAGUAUCAUAUUUUUGUGUAAUGAUUAGAAGGUAAAACAGGCUUAAAUACACCAAACAUUGCGAUUUAAACAGCAUAACAUCUGUGGCUUCUACUAACCAUUCAUCUAACAAAGAAGAUAGUAACUUAUAAAAAAAUGAGAAGCAGGAUGUUACGAACACCGUCGACUUGUCCAUUUCCAGCUCGGACAAGAGUAAGAGAAAAGUGGAAGACAGCAAUGCCAGAUAUAAAUGUGAAUAUGAUGGAUGCGAGAGGACAUAUAGCACUGUGGGAAAUUUACGGACACACAUGAAAACUCACAAAGGUGAAUACCGAUUUGUGUGUCCAAUGCAGUCGUGUAAGAAAGCGUUUCUUACCUCAUAUAGUUUAAAAAUUCAUGUACGGGCCCACACUAAAGCCAAACCUUUCUCAUGCAAUAUUGGGAAUUGUAAUAAGGCUUUUAAUACGUUGUAUAGGCUGAGAGCACACCAAAGAUUGCACAGCGGUGACACAUUCAAUUGUAAGGCGAAUGGAUGCGCUAAAUUCUUUACGACACUCAGCGACCUGAAGAAACACAUACGAACACACACGCAAGAACGACCUUACAAAUGUCGAACAGACGGAUGUGGCAAGUCGUUCACUGCGUCUCACCACCUAAAGGCGCAUGCCCGCACUCACUCGGGCUCUCGACCGCACGCGUGUGAAGCGCCCUCUUGCGGCAAGCAGUUCUCUACCAACACCAGCCUGAAGGCGCACGUCAAAAAACAUCAGACGAACGUUGACCUUCAAACAGUCGAUGUGAUAGAUGUCAAUGUGAAACAAAAAAUGGACGGAAUGAACUGGGAUAGCCUACUCGAGUCCUUUGGAAAAAUAACCACAGAUUCAAACUCGAAUGACGGCAGCUUAGAAGAUCUUAAUGUUAACCCUCUUUGUAACAACAACGUAGAUAUAACAGAACUACUAUUCGACAAUACUAAUAAACCAGCGCCAGUAGAUUACACAAUCGGACUAGAUUUCCCUAUUGAAUUGUCUAAAAAAGCAAAUUGGGUUGGAAGUGAUGUCCAAAAUGAAAAAUUACAGGUUAAACCGAAAGCUAUGCAACUAGCUCUAGCAAACGAAAUAGAGAUACAAUCGCCGUGGAUAGAUGUCGGUGCUUUAGCGGCGUCUGUGCAAGAAACACCAGUCAGUAUUCAAGAGAAAUUUCCCGAAAACAUAUUUACUUUAGCUACUUCUGUCCCCACUCAUAUGCAGAGCUAUAUCGAUUUAAAUAGCGAACUUCCCACUGCUAAUCUAAUUUCACACUUCGAAUUAGAUACACCGAAUGUUCUAGAUGUGAGUGACAAAAUCUUCAAUGAUAGUGAAUUAGUUAGUAAUCUCGGAAAUGAAAUUAAUCCUCGUGUAGUUUUUAAUGAUCCAGGCCCUUCGAAUGAUGAUGAUACUUUGAACACCCCACCGCCAAGUAGAGUGCAAGAGAACUUUGAAAUUAAUCCAGCUAACUCAGUGCUUUUUCAUACAGAUUGCACUUUGGAAGAUACUCUUUUGUUUAAUAGCGAACCACCGUCGGAUAUGUACGUUGUUAGGACCGAGAACGUUUUAGGAAAAGUGAAAAGAAACGUUGUAGAGCAGCUGGCUGCAGAUGCUGGUAUUUGCACGUGCGCAGAUUGCAAAUGCGAAAGCGAUACUGACUGCGCAAAUUGCAAUUCAAAACCAAAAUGCGACGAUAAAUGUUCUUGUAUCGAUUGUAAGUGUGAUCAUGCAGAGAUGAAAUGCGCAGUGGGUUGCGGCCGAGCCACUGACACUAAUCAUAAUACUUUCAUUGACUACCACAAACGUCACAACGAUACGAAUUUAGAGGAGUUCGGUGUUUACACGCACGAAUGCGAGGAUCACACGCCAGCCAGUGUUGCGGAAAGUUUGAAAAAAUUGACGUGCUCGUGCGAUUCGGACAAGAAAUGUUGCGAAGACAGCAGCAAAUCUUGUUGUGUCACGAUCUGCUUCAAGAAGGUCGACGCGUUUAAACAGUUCCUGAAUGAGACCGAUUUGUUUACCGUUCUCAGAUCACACAACAUGACAACCAGUUAGUCCGUUACGAUUGCAUUUAAGUACAAGCUAUAGAUAUUCCGGUAUAUGAUUGAAAAUUGUUAUUCAUCAUUAGAAAUCCAUAGAUUAACACCUACGGAGCUUACGGAUUAUUAAUGAUGAAAGUGGCCUUGUUAUAUCUUUUUUACUAUUGUUAAUGAGAUUGAUUUUAUAGUUUCAACGAAACUUUUUUUUUUAUUUUAAAUAUGUUUUAUAAAGGCUCUAAGCGACAACGAUAUGAAAUAAAAAAAAAUUAUAAAUGCAAAAACAUGUUAGCUGUGAUAGUCUACAUAAAAUCUAAAGCCAAUCUAAAUCUAAGCUAAACUCUUAAAAAUAUGUUUGAGUCGUAGAAAUAAAUAAAAGUUUGAAAACACUAACACAUAUAUAUAAGUUCCAUUUAAGACUACAUAAUAAAUAUAAGAAAUUACAAUUUAAGUAUCCAUAUCUGUAAGGUCACAAUAGAAAAACUACGAAAAUACUAAAUGCUACUAAAUGAUAGAAGGUUAUCCUCAAAUUUUUUGUUACUCAAUAAUAAACUAAAAUAAUAUGGAACUAAAAAAUCUGCUACUUUUGCCAUUGACUGUGCCAUAAUGAAAUUAACCUUUGUUGCUUUGGAAUAAAUUAUUUCUUUGAUAAAAGAAAACACACAUAAAUAGCUUACCACUUAGAUCAUUAAUACGUCUAGAUAGACUAUGAAAGCUGUGAAAACGUCGAAAAAGUUUAGAACUAACCUCUUUUUUAAGAAAGAAACGCAGGCAGACUAACACAGUGUCAUACAAAUCGCGAGUGUAAGACGUGGUGUGUCACGCACACUAAACUAAUAUUCGUGGCCCAUUUUAGCGGUAGUCUAACAGCAAGAGACUAUCUAGACGUAUAAAUUAUCUAAGGCUUACCAUUACAAAAGUUAACCAGUUUAUAGAACUUAGAGCUAACCAAAAAUAUUUAUAAUUAUUUAACCAAGGUGCAAUAUUAAUAAGUUUAAUGGGAGUAUACUCCGUACUUCCCAAGAUUUGCACGUGACGUGUUUACUGUAACAUGGUUUUACAGAAAUUCCACAAUUCAGCUUGUUGCGAAUUUCAACAUAAAUGUUAAACAUGGUACAUGUGUAAAAAACAACCACAUUUAUACAAUAAAGUAAUGAUGCCUAUUAUAUUAUAAUAUACCAACUUUUAGCCAAAAAAAACCUGUAUACCUCUAGUCUUUAUACGACAGGCCACUAGAUUUCAAUAUACUUACCUAAUUUUGCUAUAAUUUAGUCAUAUUACUUGAGUAUUUUCAAUGAUUAACGCGGCUGUUACACAUUGAAAUAAAACGCUUGUAAUUGUAACUGUUUUUACAUUAGAUUUUUCUGUAAAAGUUACAUUUUUAAUUAAUUAAGUAAUAAAUUCAGGGGGACUGCAGAUGAAAUGAGUCAAAGAUAGUAUUUGUCAUAGUUGUCAUUACGAAGAUUAGCGCCAUUUAUUAUGGUCUUGAAACGUCGGGUUAACUAAAAUAUAUAUGUAACUUUUACGCAAAAAUCUAAUGUAAAAACAGUUACAAUUACACACGUUUUAAUCCUUUAAGUGUUUUAAUUAUUUCUUGAGUUUCUUGCGCCUGUGCUUCUCGGGUCUGAGGCAUAUUAUUUCGUAUAGUCGGUAGUUUUUGACGUUCAAUAAGUGAUUUCAAAUCGUAUUUGAAUUGGAACUUAUAACAUGAGUUAUAUGCCGGUGAAAAUACCGUCAAAAUACGUCUAGUCUGUUUCCGGAGAUUAAUAAAAUGUAUCUUACUUACUUACCAUUAAUUUAUACUUUAAUAAAAGUGCCACCUAUUUAAUAUAUACGCAGACGCUACAAUUUAAUUUAAUUUAUUUAUAAUACUCAACCGUUUAACAAGGAGGUAUCUAGCUGACCCGACUGACGUUGUUCUGUAACAUAAUAAAUAAAAUACUGUUUGUUUAUGAAUUUGUCAAUAAUAUUAUAACAUUUUCACAUUAUUUCGUAACAUAUGCUCCUUUUGUUACAAUGAUUUCACAGCACAACUGUCAAACUGUGCGUCAAUAAGUAAAUUCUCAUAGAAAAUAUGUCCAUAUAGUACAAAUAUUGGAAAUAAAAAUAAUUAUUGACCCCAAAUCGAAAUAAAAACUAUCAUAACUCUUAAAUUGGACUAAACUGCACCCAAUGAAGUAAUCCUUAAAUAUCCGUUCUUUAGUUUAGGAGUUCACUGGAAACAAUCAUCAGGACAAUGGAUUUACAUAUAUUAAGAUGAACAACCAAAGAUAAGUUUACUUUAGCAUUAUCUUAGAAAUCAUGCAAAAAUUUUAGGGUUAGGUAUACUUUAUAAGAACUAGCUAAUUUACAGUCACAAAAAUGCAACAAUAUUUUCCUGUGAUUCCUCCGUUGUUGAAAAAAAGUUGGGCGAGAGUAAUCAUUUACUAUCACUUGACCCGUGCAUACGUUUAGCCAUCCCAAAAGUUACAUUUAUUUAAAAAUAAGACAAACUAAUGAUUUAAUUAAAAAAAUAUUGUCUUUUUUUGUCAUUUCAUAGCGUUGUAGCAUCAUCGAUCUUAUAACACAGUCUGAAUUGUAUGCAUGUUUUUUAAAAAUAGCGAUUGGAUACUGUAGAUGUAUAUAAUUUUCUGAAUGUCGAAAGCAUUGGCCCUUUAUUAGGUGUCUAUGGGUUAUAAUGUUGAUGAUUACAAUGUACAAAGUAGUAGUAGUAGUAAACCAAAGUACGUAUAUAUACUCUUUGUACAAUAAACUUACCUCCUUUUUCAAAAAAUUAAAAUUGUUUAUAAAAGAACUAUUUCAACUAUUUUUGUACUUAAUAUGUACUGUAAGUGCCUAUUUUAUUGUAUUGUUGAAUUUUAUAAAAUUUUAUUAUUAUUUUAGAUGAAAUCCAAUUUUUUUUAUAUUAUCUAUGUGCGAUAAAGUAUCUAGUCUAUUAUUGUAAUGACAAAUAAAUGCUUUUUAAAA